CGAAUAGUUGAGUGCAAGCAAUUUCGUGCUUUGUGAAACAACUUUUUGAUUUAAAAUAUGAGAUUUUCAUGUAAAGAACCAGCAGUACAAUUUAGAAUAUGUGAAUAAUUUGGGCGAUCCAGUGCAAGUUGUCAGAGACACAAGUUUGGUUUAAAGAACUUUUUUGGAAUAUUAAGCAGUUGAAUCAUAUCGCAAGUGUAGUACUGCACACUUGAUGGGCAUCAAACCACUCGCUUGAGAGUUGACUAAAAUUUGUGCUAAAAAUGUGGUAACAAAAAUCUGAUGGAAAUCAACAUCAGUUUAACAUAAAAUACUUUUUACUGUUGAAAAAAAAAAAAAAAAGGAUGGAAAACAACAAUCUGUACCAUCGUCUGUUUUUUGCUUGCCCGCUCUGUAAUAAGACCAGACCAUUGAAGGGUUUAGGCAUUUCCUUAUCAUGUUGCAGAUUUGAACGCCGAUGUCAGUAUUUUAUCGCGCCCGGUAAAGCGCACAAGUCGGUCCGUCCUGCGCGCGCGGAAGUUCAUUUCCCGUUCAGCCACUUCAGUUGCGUACGGGCAAGGUAACGCUAGAUGCUGUGCUAAGGCUAGGCACAUCGGUCUAACGUACUGCUCCACUAGGUAGGGAAAAGUUGGGAUCUACAUUUACCGGACGGCUUCGGUUCGGUCCGACAUGGCGGAGACGGCUAAGGGGAGACUCAAGUUCUCUCAAACUUCCUGCUAUCUCUGCAGCGCAUGGCUCGACGAUAGUGACGUUGAGGAACAUCUGCGCACUUGCCGCCAGCAGCGAACAGUGUGCCCGAACAGUUGCGGUACGAUCGUCGCGUUCAAAGAUUUACAACUGCAUCGAAACACUUGCCCGAACGGUUACGGUGCCCAGAUGGAGGACGAAUCUACAUUCAGUAGCGGCCAGGACCCAUCAACGUCCACCGGAAACGAAUCCGAGCCGGUACUGCAGCAGAACGAAGCGCUUACGUUGGGCCAGGUGUUGACAUCGCUCGAAAAUGAGUUGAAAUGUAUGAAGCUGGUAAUGGCGGAGCAUUCGAACUAUAAGCAUUACGUCCAUACGGAGCUGGCCCGACUGUCGAAGUACUUCGAUGUGUCUCAGAAGUGGACCACCAAGGUGUACGAUUCGAUUGUGUCGCUGAACAAGCUGUGCUAUCAGGAGAAGAUCCAGCGUACGCUGGAGCUGACUGCAGUCCAGCAAAAGCUUCUGUCAAAUGAAAUCUGGAACCUGGAUAUUGGGAAUCGGUUCGACCGUGUGGAGGAGGCAUUAUUUUUCCUCAACCAGAAGGACACUCCUGAGGCUGGCGAUAACGAUCGCACUGAUGCAACUGCAGCAGAGCCAUCUGGAUUACAGAAUGUAUCGCCGAACGACGAGGAUGAUACGACGACUGAUGAUGCGCUAACUUCAACGAUUUCAAAGUUGAAGCUAGAUGUGGCAGCGCAAACGGCUUCCGAACCACUGCAAGCCACAACCUCUAAUAUGGCCAGCCAGGCCGUAUCGACCUCGCAACUGGUGCAGCAAGUGAUCGAAGAGUUUAAAGUCCAGUACGCCAACACGAACGUCGAAGUGAAGGAUAUCAAGGUCCGGUUGUUUGAGUUCGAGGAACGUCUGCAGGCACUGGAGAAGCUGAUCGAGCGUUACCGGCGCGAAACGUACCACACCAAGCAACGGUCGGAAGAGUUGCAGCACAACUUAAUGUGGGCAAACGGUCGCAAUAAUCUGGCGAGCGAUAAUGGACACGUCAUCUGGCGCAUCGACAACUUUGCGCAGAAGCUGCAGGAUUCGAAGGCGCUGGAAUCGAUGAUAAAGGGACCGAUCUUUACCAAUCAACCGUACGGGUAUAUGCUGCAGAUGGAAGCCAGCCCUUACGGUAUCGGGACCUGGCGCGGACGUAACUUGAUCGCCGGUCUGACCGUUAUCCCGGGACCGUACGAUGAUCUGCUGGAGUGGCCCUGCCGACUGACCGCCACACUGAUCCUGCGCGAUCAACCGGAAAAGCGUGAAGAUGCCAGGAACGUCUGCAAGCCGAUAGUGGCGAAGGUGAAGGGUCAGCGUGAUCCGAACCAGCACUACGUGUACAUCUCGCACGAAAUACUGUUCGCGAACAACUAUCUGAACAAGGACACCAUCUUCCUGGAGCUGAUCAUUACAAGUGAGGAGGGCAAAAGCACCAUCUAGGCAGUGGAGAUGAUGCGACUGCUUUUGACUCUCAUCAGAACAGAAGGCGACGGCGGUGACUUGUAACUCAUCUAUAUUCGACAACUCGGCGAGGCAAUGCUGGCUUCUACUCACCGCAUCACCAAUCGAUCUGGUGAAGUUUUUUUGUUGCUUUCAGCACAUCCUUCAGUCUUUUACACCUAUCUUUUCGCUGCUUCACUUACCUUCGUAGAAUGCGCCUGACGAAUGCUCUCAAGCAAGAGUCUUCUGCCGACCUUCUGUUUGAUUCUUGCUGACGUAUAUUUGUUUACAGUUUCGCUUUCAUUAUCAGACGCUACCCGCACUGCAGCAGGGUGUCUUAUCUUAUCGAUUUAGAUUUAAGUUAUGGAUCUGCUUUCGUAGUGUGCCGUUCAUGCUAUCUACAGCAACCACCACCAGUGCAGAAUAUCUAGCAUUGUACGGCACGUGCGGGCAGCAGUACACAAUGAAUGCCUAUGACAUUCAUAUUAUCCGACACCUACAGGUGUAGCACGUAGAGUUAGGAAACCGCUUGCGUUAGAUAGUACAGUGCACGCUUUUUUUUUUAAAUACUAAACGCACUAAGUCUUCAUGGGAACUCAGAUUUUAGCACUAUUCAAAACAUUUGAGACAGAACUGCUAGAAUUCUUGGAACUCUGGCCUGACAGAUAUUCAAGAUCUUCAUCAGAAAAGUAAUAUAAACUCCGAGAAGUUUUUUGAGAGCCAGAACUCAUACGUUUGAUACAGAACUGCAGGAACUCUUAUAAUUUUGGUUCUAAAAAUAUUCAAGGCCUUCUUCAGAGUAAAGCAAUAGAGACCUCGAAAAGUCUUCUGAGUACUAGAAACAAACAUUUUAUACAAAACUACUGCAACUCUUGGAACUCUGGCCUCAAAGAUAUCCAAGAUCUUCUUCAGAAAAGCAAUAGAAACUCCGAGAAGUUUUUUGAGAGCCGGAACACAUACAUUUGAUGCAGAACUGUUAGAAUUCUUGGAGUUCUUGUUUUAUAGAUGGUUCAAGGCGUUGUUCAAAAAUGCAAUAGAAACCUCGAAAAGUCUUUUAUGUACUUAAAGCACGCAACUAACAUCGGAUGUAACAUGACUUCCCUGAAAGGCUUAUAUUAAAAAAAAAAAAAUUGGGCCAACCAAA